AUGAAGCAUGCAGCAGCAGUGCUGGGAAAGCGGUUCAACAUUAAUGACAUGCUGCAUAUCAAAGUGGCAGAGCAGCUCGGGCUACUCGAACAUAAAUACGACAUGGUAGACGACGCUGAGCUGCGGUACUAUACCUACGACAUGGAGAAGAAGCAGGAUGACAGUGUCUCACCCCUGGAGCUAAAAUCCAUAGCUCUUCAAAUAAUGCAAAAUCUGCUGACCAAGAAGUACCUGCUGGUGGUUCACAAUCUCGACAGGCCAAUAAAGCCCAUCGUGCUUGAAGAUACGACAGAGGGCUUAUGGCUUCCUGCCCCUUGGUGGAAACAUUCUUUCUGGAUCGUAUCCACCACCUCCCAAGAUGUCUAUGACAGGAGCAACAAGCCAGAUGAGCCUCGCGUCAUCGAAUCCUUUGCUGGGGAUGAUAUAUUGAUUCUCACACUGCAUUCCCUGGAACAAGCGGCCAAGUACAUCUCUGUUGCGGUUGGCCAUGGAGAGGAGAAGUAUUGGCAUCAUGUGGCAGUCCAGUGUUUUCACUACGCCACCAUGCUGCUGCUUAUUCCCUGCAGUUCCAAUGUUGACCCGCCAAAGUGUGAUGCCCAGGCUGAUGUUAGCUCAGAUGUGUUGAUCCGCCAGUGGGCUGCUCAAGGCAUCCUUCCUGUCAUGAAGCCAAGUGUCCAAGAAAAAAUGGGGGACACUGACGGCUACCACUGUCAGUACUAUGGCGAUGAUAUAUAUCAACUUGGAAAUGUCAUCCUCGAGGCUUUUCGGGAGUAUUCGUUGCUGCAGCUGCCUUUUUCUCCUGCAACGAAAGAUGAUGAAGCCACAAUAUCUGCUGCACACUUCCUAGCAUAUCAUAGCCUUGUUGUAGAGCCCCUCACAUCCGGUGAACUCUGUGAGGGAAAUCACUCUCAGUUGGAGCACAUGCAGUGGAUCUCACAUGUGGGCGACCAAGGAUGGCAUGUAAGCAGAGAUUGGUUGAGCCAGGGGUCCAGCGGCCCGACCACACUUAUUAUAAGGCAUUGCUCGCAACACUCGAGGUUGUUCAUGAAGCUUGAAUCUGAUGAUUUCUUGGCCAAGCUCCCUUGUCUUCUUGUUCUUGAUAUUUCCUACACUCCGAUAGAGUCGCUUCCUCCUUCAAUCUGUUGUCUCCAAAAACUCCAAUUGCUUUCCCUUAGAGGCUGCUAUAACCUCAGGAGUCCAUUCAGCUUCCCAGAUACUGAAAUUGCUCUCUGUGAAAAGAACAGCAACAAAAAGCUCAACUUGCUCUACCUCGAUCUCUCCUAUUCAAAUAUAAGCACAUUCCAGUGCGACUUCUUCCAUAGCAUUCCUACCCUAAAAGAGCUUCUGCUUGUCAAAUGCUCCAACCUUGAGGAGCUGCCACCCUCGGCUCUUGCAUUGUCUAGUCUAACAAAACUCGAGAUAAUAGGCAACAAGAAAUUCAUUUCAUUCUCGAGAUUAACAGAGAUGGCAUUUGAUGGGCAUGGCACCCUUCAUUCAUUCUCAUUGGAGCUACCAGACAACAUCCCUAAUCUGCCCCAGCUUAGGCGAUUGCUUCUCAGGGGCGUUCCUUCCCUGAGACGAUUCCCUUGGCAUAAGCUGCAUAGAUUCCCAGAUGUGUUUUGCUUGGAUCAAUGCUCAUCAGAUGGAACUGUUAAUCAUGAUUGCAGUACUCCACAAGUUGCUCAGGUGUGCAUAAGUGAUUCCAGAUUGUUUUAUAGCUUCAAUGAUGCCACCAAGGAUUUAGUAAGGGGUGGAAGAAUUUUGAAAUCUUUCCAUGUUCAAAUUACAUCAUGCAAGGCCAUAACUAGGAAGAUACAGGAUGAAGAGGACAUGGUGAAAACCAACAAGGUUCAUGCGUCAUUGGCAGCCUAUGCUGAUGUAAACCAUCGCUAUCUGACAGAUGGAGUCUCGAUGGUGUCAAUGGAUGACGUGCCUCCCUUUCGGGAGACUGAGCGUCACGUGGAGAUCUCAGCAGUGGAGCGGUAUCCCCAUGGUCUGAAGUAUCUUCUAGAAGUCACUAAAUCAAUUAGCAUGUCAGACGAUACUCACGUCUCCUACCUCAAUGAUCUGAGUCGUUUGAAUAUGCUGGAGGAAUGCAAGCUCCAGCGAUGUCAUCGGGUGGUGCAUGUCUUUAAUGAUCUGUUUUGGCUACGGUGGAGUCUGGAGAAUGCACAUGUCUCUUAUCUCAAAAGUCUGACACAUUUCUACAAAGAAUCGUAUUUUGAUAAUGAUUUCCGUGCACUAAAGCACCUCCGGCUGGAGCAUUGCCCGAGGUUGGAAGGCGUCAUGCCACGUGGAUCUGCGCUGCCAAGUCUCGUGACGCUCGACAUCCUCUUCUGCUACAAUCUCAAGGUAAUUUUCUACUACAAUAACAAGUGGUCUUCUAGUUUCAAGCUCCCAUGUCUUCGGAGGAUACACCUCCAGGAGCUGCCCCUGCUGGAGCAUUUUCGCGACGACGACGCCGUCCUGGCCGCGCCUGCGUGGGAGGAGCUCCACGUCCGCGGGUGCUGGAGCUUGCGCCGCCUCCCGCGCCUCAUCGACCGACGACCAGGCAAGAAGGCCGUGACGGUGAGCGGGGAGAGGGCCUGGCGGACCAAGCUCCGCUGGACGACCGGGAUGACUCGCACCGCGGCAGCUACGAGCCCAGGCUUCCCCCGGCAUCCGCCUCCAUCCGCGAGCGCGUCAUCAUCAAGACCUACCUCAGGUGAAGGAACUGAGCCAUGCCCAAGCCGCAAGCUCAUCCAGUGA